UGGUAGACGAAAAGGCGUAGCAAGCCAGCCCGUUUUACAAUCUGGCUUAAUUCAACCGAUUAUCAUAUAUGUAGGUUUAGAAGUAUAUUGUAUUAUUUCCUACAAAGUAGUACUACGCGUAGCACUACCGAGGGACAGUAAAUGAAUUAAAAGCCGCAUAAUUGUCUUUACAAGUGCAUGUCAUAAUAUUUUGAUGGAAAAGGCUAAAGCUAGGUGGCUAACCUAGCUGGCUAGUUAGGCAUCGGAGCUAGCUUUCCAGUAAGUUAGCAUGCUAACUUCCCAGAUAGACUGGUUACCAGACAUUAGCAUAGCUAACCUACGUUGCCCUGACCAGAUAGGAUAUGUGUUUUACUCGGACAAGAUUCGUUUGGAGCGGAGUCUACAUCGUAACAUCACAUGAGAACAGAAGAAGACACAAUCCUGUUUGUUUAGGACGGCGUUGAGAAAUUGGAGUGCCUAUCCCCAACCCUGUGUGGUCACAAAAGACGGGCGUGCCGCUUGCGUGUUCUCGACCAGGAUACAGCAUCAUCACAACUCAUCUGUGUCGACCUGUUGGACUUCCCCUCUUUCACACACAAGCACACAUUGACAUGAAGACACAGUAGUUCCCAGGGGCACCGCCGCCGCUGCCACAGAGGAACUCUGCUUUUAAGUGCUCCCGUUGCUGGAGGUUGACCCCAUGGGAAGGUUGUUUUGAACGGUCUGGGGAGUUGUCCCCAAACACGCGUCAGCCAGCUGAUUACAUAACUGCCUCUCCUUCUCCUCCUCCUCCUCCUCCUCCUCCUCCUACUUCAGAUGUCUUUUUCACCUGCACGCUUGGAGUGGGUGGACCCAGAAGAAAUCAUCACCUGGUCCUUAAACGUCUGUCUGUGCCCCCUCUUCGUUUAAUUUUUUAUUUUUUUUAAGAUAAUUCAGUUUUUGUAUUAUUUGUUUUUGAAACAUUCUGAAGUUCCAUCUGCCUCAACAACAAGAAAAACCUCAACUGAUCCUUAUUCGUCUGUUGUUGAAGAGGUGGCUGUGUGUGCAUUUGGAGAGAAUUGUGCAAGGAGUUAGUACAUAUUUAGGACUUGAGAAUAGGCUUGUGUCUGAAGACUGCCAUUUCUUUUCUGUCUUUUUCACACUCUCUUCCUCUCUCUCUCUGCUGACUGUCGUGAAGUGUGCAGCCUAGUUUGGAGGCUCCUUCAUGAAGGGUGUAAGGACCUGCUCUGCUGGUUCUCUCUCUGGAUCUGGAUCCUCCUCUCUUGCUCACAUCCUGCUGCUGUCGCCGCGGUGCGAGUGGAGGCUGUGACGCUGUCCUUUUUUUUUUGGUCAGUCAGAGGACAGACAGAGUUGGAUUGGGAAUGAGUCAUCAUCGAAAGAGCAGGAUUUGGGAUCGAUCCAGAAGCAACCUAAACGUUUCCGGGCCAUUUACUUUGCUGGGGGACUGACGGACUCCUGCUCUUUUUUUUUGUUUUGGUUUCAAAUCAGAUUUGUGUGUGUGUGUGUACAGAUCGAAAGCAUCCUCAACUGCUGGAACAGUUGUUCUUACCAAAACUUUGCUCAUUUUAUCAUCAAGUGAUCUAGUGUUGUUUUUCUUACCUCUUCAGUUGUAGAUGGACUAGGGUGAAAAACCCCAUCCCCGUACAUCCAAAGUCCUUCAUAUAGACCUGAGUUUCUCUCUUUUCCCUCCCCUACCUGUAUUUCCCCCCUCUUCUGUUGUUCCUCCUGCGUUUCAUGUUGAUUUUUGCACCAAAUAUUGGUUCGCUUUGGCCAAAGGCCCUUAAGUCCACAUCCCAAGUGUUGCUCUUAGCCCCUAAGAGAACCUACCGUUAGCCUUCAUCAACAUCACAUCAUCAUCAUCACAUAAUCAGCCUCAAGUCAUCUUCAGUCGCCCUCUACCUCUCUGGUCAUUUCAGUUCUAUAGAAGGCUCAUCUGAACCAAAUCAGUGUGCUUAGUAGUGUUUGCUCUUCCGAACACUUAACAUUGUUGUGUUGUAUUGUGUUGUCACUGAUGUGGAGUGUGAUACCUAGUUGGCUGCAGUUAUGUACUGGAUCCGUGUUUUGGCACUGUAAAUGUGGAUAGAUCCCCAUACCGUUUUAUGUCAUAGGUAGCGCUGUACAUUCGCUUCUAGGAAUCACUCUGCAUUUAGUCGUGCUUUUUAAAAUUUACAGUUUUUUAUCAACUGCAUACAUUAUUUUGUUUUUCAUUUAUUUUAAUUUAAGCCAUAUUUGCAGAUCUCUUUUUUUUACAUUUCAACUGCACUAUUAUUACCUUUUUUUAAAUCACAAAGCCUUUUACGCUUUAAUCCUGCUUCAGUUUGUCACCAAAAAGAGCGGUUGGAGUCAUCUGUUUUGUCCAUUCAGCCCAACAAUCUGCUGAUCCUCUCUUACUCAACCUCACACUUGAAAGGACAGCUCUGAUUAUACCCACUUAAUUGAAGGGGAGGUUUUAGCCCUCGUUGAAAUUUCCAGAGAUAGGUCCCAUAUGUCUGGAUUAUCUUUCUAUUUCACAAAAUCACCACAACCAGAGAGCUAAAAAUAUAUCCUUUUUUUCACCCAAAAGGGAAAGCUCCCCUUCUGUCUGUCUGGUCCCUGCUAGCUCCCCUGUCUCCCCCUUGGCCCUCUCUGCAUCAUGCUAAAGCCCCCAGCCCGAUGUAGAGGGAGACUGCUUUUGCUCCCCCUAUAACCAAUUCGCAUUUCCUCAACUUCUCCCUCUCAUCUUCCCCCUCAGUCCACUCUCAUACUCCCCUUCGUGUGCACAACACGUGUGCGUGUGUGUGUGUGUGUGUGUGCGUGAGUGUGUGUGUGAGUGAGUGCGUGUGUGUGUGUGUGUAGCUGAUGGCGGGUGGCAGUAAAAGUGGAGGGGGUGUGGCCGGCCCCUCUCCCCCGCCACACGCCACCAUACCACACCGACCCUUCCGGCCGAGCCGCUAUGUGCCCGUCUCUGCGGCAACUUUCUUCCUGGUGGGAUCCACAACCCUCUUCUUCUGCUUCACGUGUCCGUGGCUUUCAGAGCAGUUUUCUGUGGCGAUACCCAUCUACAACGGAGUCGUCUUCCUCUUCGUGCUGGCCAAUUUCUGCAUGGCCACUUUCAUGGACCCUGGAAUCUUCCCCAGAGCGGAGGAGGAUGAGGAUAAGGAGGAUGACUUCCGUGCUCCCCUGUACAAGACGGUGGAGAUCCGGGGGAUCCAGGUGCGCAUGAAGUGGUGCUCCACCUGCCGCUUCUACAGGCCGCCGCGCUGCUCCCACUGCUCUGUCUGUGACAACUGUGUGGAGGACUUUGACCACCACUGCCCGUGGGUGAACAAUUGCAUCGGGCGGCGUAACUACCGCUACUUCUUCCUGUUCCUGCUGUCCCUCACCACGCACAUCAUGGGCGUCUUCGGCUUCGGCCUGCUCUUCAUCCUCUACCACGCGCAGCAGCUCGACCAAGUACACUCGGCUGUCACUAUGGCCGUGAUGUGUGUAGCAGGGCUGUUCUUCAUUCCUGUGGCUGGCCUGACGGGCUUCCACAUCGUGCUGGUGGCACGAGGCAGGACCACCAAUGAGCAGGUAACGGGGAAGUUCCGAGGUGGUGUGAACCCCUUCACCAAUGGCUGCUGGAAGAACGUAUCCCAUGUGCUGUGCAGCUCCCAGGCUCCCAGGUACCUGGGCAGGAAGAGGAAGACGCUGGCGGUGGCAGUACAGCCACCCUUCCUCCGGCCGCAGCUCUCAGACGCUCAGCUCACUGCCAAGGUGCUCGACAACGGCAUCCUUGGCGACAUGCACCGGUCUAAAAGCAGUUUGGAGAUGAUGGAGAGUCAGUCAGCUGAUGCGGAGCCUCCUCCUCCCCCCAAGCCAGAGCUGCGUUACCCUGGCAUCUCCCGGGGUCCCAUGAGCCACGGUGAAGAGAGCAGCCUGCUAAACAAAGCUCCCCCUACGCCCACCAUGUACAAAUACAGACCUGCCUACAGCAGCCCAGGAAAGAACCAUACCGCCCUCACCCACGCCUAUGCCAACCAGAUGAGCCGUGGAGAGAGUCUGAAGGAGUCCUCCUCCCUGUUGCAGUCGAGCCAGCAGCCGGGCUACCGCUCCGAGCCCAGUCUGGACGGCGGGGCGGGGGAGCGGGGCGACCGAGGCGCAGAGAGGUCAGUGGGCUCUGGUGGGGGGGCAGCGGGCAGCUCGGGCAUCCCCGGCUACUCCCUGGGGGGUCGCUCGUACCCCUCCUUCUCGGACGCCACUGUGCUGUCGGGCGGCGGCGGCGGCGUUGGUCCGUCGCGUUCCUCCUCCAGGCCAGGCCAGGUGGGCGCCGCCCAAUCAGAGGCCACCACCUCCGCCAGCUACAAGAGCCUGGCCAACCAGACGCCGCCGCCACCGCCCAUGCCGCGUAACGGCAGCCUGUCGUACGACAGCCUCCUGACGCCCUCCGAGAGCGCCGAGCUGGACGCCAGCAGCACGGCGGCGCCCACCUCCGCCACUGUCGGCGGCGGCGGCUCCUCCGACCUGUCGCCCGGGCGACCGCGCACUCCCGUCUCCCUGGGCUACAGCUCCCCAUUCCUGUCGGCGCAGAUCGCUCAGCAGCGCGAGGUGGAGCUGCACCAGGCGUCUGGGCUGCUGGGAUCCCCGCACCGCGCCGCAUACCUGCGCGCCGCCUCCUCCAGCCCCCCGCCGCACGGCCCCCCCGGCCCAGACCAACAACAACAGCAGCAGCUGCAGCACGCCCCCCACCACCACCACUCACACCACCACCACCACCACCACGUGCAGCCUGUGCCCCUCUCCUCCUCUUCCUCCUCCUCCACCGCUGCCUCCUCCGCCUCCUCCUCCUCCGCCGCCCCGCACCACCACCACCAUCACCACCACCACCACCACAGCAGUCACAGCAGCCACAGCAGUGGCCACAGCCAGCGCGCUCCCCGCUUCUCACGCCCCCCGCUGCUGUCUGACUCGGGCCCUCCCCCCGCCUACCCUUACCGCACGCGCUCCACCGAGGCGCCGCCCACCACCCACCCGCCACGCUCGCCCCACCCCCCGCCGCUCGGCAAGUCGCUGUCGUACUCGAGCGCGGCGGCGGCCGAGAUGCAGUACCGCAUGGUGCGCAAGGCCUCGGCCUCGGCUGUCGGCACGGGGCCCGGAGGCGGCGUGGGGGGCAUCCAGGCUCCGAAGGAUGAAAUUCAGAUGAAGUCCUACAGCCGUACCAACGGGCAGCCCAAAUCAUCCCUCCCCCAGUCGCCCGCCUCCUCCACCCCUUCCUCCCCUUCCCACCCAGUGAGUGUCUCCACCCGGCCCGGACAGGCCUAUCCCAGCACAGCUGCCAUUCAGAGUCCUGCACACAAGCCUAGCGGCGGCGGUGUCAAGAAAGUGACUGGUGUCGGUGGAACCACUUACGAGAUAUCGGUCUGAGUGACUACGUUCCUCAACCAACCGGCGUCAAAGAACAAGCUCCCUGAAACCUGCCAGAACUUUUUAGGGAAUUCCACUAUCUUUACAAGACGGAGGCGUGAGGCAGAAGAGUGACGCAGCUGGCAGGCACACACAGAGAGGAGGCCAUAACUCCUCAUGAACUGACUUUAAAUCGCUCCCUUAACCCUGUUGUCCCUAUAAACCCUGCCACUGCUGUGGACUCGAUAUCUGGCCUAUCCAAUUUUGUUUUCCACAGGAGGACUUUCCUUAAAAGAAAAUGGCUGGGUUUUGCCAGCUGACAUGGCUGGAGUGGAAAUGACACUAAUGUUUGAUGUGCUGGCACUGGAAGCCAAUCACAUGGCUCGUUGAUAUGCGAGUCUUCAUUUGUCCUCCAAUGAGGUGAGCUUUGUUGGUGUGACCGCUUUGACUGGGUUGCCUUUCUUAAACAUUCUACAAGACAAGAAAAAAAAAAAAAGAUUCCUUUAAUAUGUGUAAAAAAAAAAAAAAUGACUCCUCACUUGUACAGAAAUAAAUGGUCAGGGGUCUUUUUGUUGUUGCUUAUGCUCCCUUGGUUUUUCCACCAAUUACAGGGGGACUUACUGGCAUGCUGUAGCCAUUUAGGACCACUGUGAUACUGGCUACUUGCCAUGCUGCCUUUGUGUAUUGACCAAUCAUUAGCGGAGUAACACAAGAGCAAGGGCACACAAAUGGCAUAGUUGAGCUUCAAAGUGGAACAGCCAGUUUGCUAGUGUUGAAGCAAUUGUCUGGGGAAUCCAAGAGAAAUACCUUUUUAUUUUAUUUAAUUUUUAAAUGUUAUUUUAUAUGAAUUUAUAUAAAGCUAUUGCUAUUGAUAAGAUCAAUAUUCUUUUUUUUUCUUUUUACAACGGCUGAUAUGAGAUUUUGGUCAGCACAGAAUUUUUUGCGAAUCAAAAAAAUGAAAAAUAAUAAAAACUGUACACCAACAUACCUUGGUUUGGUAGACUGGACCUGUCAUCUACAGAAGGUGAGCAUGUUGCCUCUGCAUAACAAAAAAGUUAAUUUCGCGAUGGUGAUAUGUAGCAUCUAAAUGCAGCUCAUCCAGAAACCCACCCUGGUGGACGUUAUUUCCCAGAAUGCUUAGUGUACAUUUUGAUGGUCUGCCACUCAAACCUAUCCAUCAUGGCUCCCUUUCCCUUCCUUCUUUUCACUUUUUUUUAUUUUCAAUCAGCUGACUCUCAUGUUGCCUUGUAGUCUUACCAGCCAAUUGGUAUUAAGCAGCUUACUACACAUGCUUGCAUCACCAAGCCGUAGAGACAAGAGAACCAUAUCAGCCAGUCAUGAUUGGUUCAGUUUAGAGAUCACUGAGAAAAAAAGAGACAUUUUUGAACCUGAGUCAUUGGGGGAGAACACACGUUUGUUUUGUAAAACCUGUGUUUUUACUUUUUCUCUCACAGUGAUUUGCAGGCAUUUCACAAGGCACUACAGUUCUAUCCACCAAUGAAUCAAAAAUAAAGGAAUUUGUGUCCAGUGAAAUGUUGGACCUAGUGCACGUUGCCCCUUGAGAUAGCCCAGGAGUCUGGACAGUUAACAUACGGCCAGUGGCUGCCCCUGUCUGACGAAGAUGACGAGGUGUGUAGUCGACAGGAUGGUGGAGAUGUAGUACAUGGGAGAGAAGAAUACUGUAUAGCUCAGUGUGGGUGGAUGUGUGUGUAUGUGCGUGUGUGGUUGAGAAUUGGUAAUAAAUACUGUUUAUAAAAUGUU